AGCCAAUCCUCUCAUCGCGAGAGCCCAUGCUCCUUCCGAGGGUGUCAUUCCCACCCUUGCAUUGUACGCUCUGUCCUGAGAAACGAUUUACCAAGCGCUGCGACGACGCACCUGACUGCCUCAUUGGACGGACAUAUGCGCCCCAGCAGCAGGGAAGGAAUCAGUGUUCCCGAGUCACAACAAUAGACCAGAGCAGCCUCAUUUCAUCUACAAUAGCAGCAGCGAAAUCAUUACAGAAUGGCUGUGGAGCUGUAUGACUCACAGUACCUGCUGAUCCUGGCACCGUCUCUGGUGGUUGCUCUGAUUUUCCUGUUCUUUUGGCUCUUCAUGAAAGAGACAUCAUAUGACGAGGUCCUGGCACGCCACAAAACUCAGUUCAAGUACCCGAGUGUGCGUCCUGAGGUUCGCAAGAAAAAUGACAGGAAGAAGAGUAAGAAGAAGGAAGGAGGUGGAGGAGGUGGUGGGGAGUCAGAAGAGGAGAUGCGAGAUGCCGACACACCUGAGGCUAGCGCCAGUGCCGUGUCCGAGGAGGAGGAGGAUGUGGUUGCUAGUGUAACGCCAGUAGUGACCGCAACUGCACCUGUUCAGGCAGAGCCAGCUGCUGGGCUAAGGAAGAGGAGGGAGAGAAAGCAGAAAAGCGCUCCAAGCGCGGUAGCUCCAGCAUCCGAGGAGCUAGACGUCAACAGCUCUAAGCCUUUACCCAUAAGCAAGGCAGACCCACCACCACCAGUUGUCAAGCAAUUAACUCCUCCUCCACAGCAAAACCGCCCUCCAACCAAAUCUGAGACUGGAAGUAAGAAGAAGGCAAAGAAACUGAAGGCAGAGACAGCAGAAGAGCCUGCAGGUGAAAUUAAAUCACAUCUACCACCACCUGUUGCCAAAGACUUGACUGCAGUUUUGGCUGAAGUGAAAUCCCAGGAGCCUGUUCCUUCCCCAGGGAAUAACAGCACCCCACCACCAGUUGCUGCUACAGCAGGAGGAGGUAGCAGUGGGAAGAGGAAGAGCUCAAAAAAGCAAAAGACUGAAUCAGUAGUAGCGGUGGACAAUGCCCCUCUUCAGGCAGCGGUUCCUCCUGGUGAUUCAGUGGUUCCUGACAACCACCAGAGCAGUUACAAUGAGAAUGCCCCCUCUCCUACAUCGGGCCCUGUUCGCACAUCUACUAAACAAAGCAAGAAGCAAAAGAACGAGACCGACAGGGAGAACUCUGAGAUGAAACUGAAGGAGCUGCUCACUGGACUGAGUGGCUUGGUGAUGUCCGACGCAGAGGUGCUUAGUGUAGUCUCCAUGCUACACGAGAGGAGCCCUGGAGCUAUGGAGUCUUGGUAUAAGACUGCUACUAAGAAUGAUCCCUCAGUGCAGCAGCAACAAGAACGAGAACGGCUGUUGAACACAUUCCAGGAGGAAGCCUGCAUUGCCAAAGAUAAAGUCAAGCAGCUCUCACAGGAGUUGCAGUUGGAGAAACAAAAGAACGGCCGUGCAGAAGCUAUGAUAAGGGAGCAACGGGCUGCCAUGGAGAAAGAACGAAAUGUCAUUCAGGCAAAAUCACAGAACAGCUAUCAAGAGCUAAACAACUACCAAAUCAAGCACUCCCAGAUGAGGGAGCAGCUAGAGACCCAGAUCGCCAGGCUAACACAGGAGAAUGGGAUCUUGAGAGAUGCGGUCAGCUCUGCCACCAACCAGAUGGAGUCCAAGCAAUCUGCUGAACUUAACAAGCUGCGCUCCGAGUGUUCAGGCCUGGUGAAGGAGCUAACGGAGAACAGUACCAAGCUGCAGCAAGAGGAGCUUCAAAGGAAGAAUCUGGAGGUCAACUAUAAGCAGAAUGUCUCUCAGCUUGAGGUUCAGUUACAAGAUGCUAAGCGUCGCUGGGAGGAGCUUCAGAACUACCUUCACAGUGUCAACACAGAAAGAGAGAAGCUGCAGGCCACUAAACAAGAGCUGCAAAACCAGCUGAUGACAUUGGAGACCGAUCUGAAUAACAAGAACAAGGAGAUCCAGAACCUCCACAGCAGCCUCACUGACACCAUUGUUUCUAAAGAGCAGGUUGAGCAGAAGGUCAUGCAGCUGCUGGAGGUUUCUCAGCACAGCCUUCCUGAUGAGUCACUGCAGCAACAAGUACAGGAUCUUUUGAAUGACAACAAAUCCCUACAGCUCCAAAUUGAAAGUCUCAAGUCUACCAUUAACACUCAGGCCACCACAAUGUCUCAUUUCGAAGAACUCCAGAAGCUAUUGGCUGAGAAGGAGCAACAAAGGAAGAGUCUUGAGGAUUCUCUCAAUGCAGAAAGAACUAGUGGAGCCAGCAGAGAAACUAACAUGCAGGCUAUUCACAAUGAGAACAUGAGCCUGAAGGCAGAGCUUCAGCAACUGCAGUUACAGAUUUCUGAGCAGGCCUCCUCUCAGAUGGCAGUGGAGCAACUCCAGAUGAGUCUCCAAGAAAAAGAAAACAAGAUCAAAACAGUGGAGUCUGUCUUGGAGGCAGGCCUCAUUGAGAUGGCCAACAAGGAGGAGGCACUGAAGGUGGUGAGGGAAGAGAAUGAAACACUCAAAGACAGAGUAGAGGCUCUGCAGCAGCAGACUACAAUACAGGCAUCAUCAGAAUCCGCUCUGGAUGAACUCCAGAGACAGCUCCAGGAGAAGGACAUGCAGAUCAAAUCAGUAGAGGAGUGUCUACAGAAAGCUAUGGACAGUGGAGCAAGCAAAGAAGAAGCUAUAGAGGUUUUGGAGAAACAGCUGGAGACCCUAAGGGUUGAAGUAGAUCAGCUCAAAGAGAGAGAAUUACAAGAGAAAGUCCCUGACCUUCAACCCCAGAUUCUGGAUCUUCAGACACAGCUGGCUGCCAAAGAUUUGGAGCUGCAGGCCCUUCAGAAGGACAUGGAAGAGAAAGCAAAGCAUGCCGAUGAAAUGCAGCAGCAGCAGAGUCAAGCUAAGGCAAGUCAGGAGCUGCUCAUAGUGUUGACGGAGAAGAACCAACAGAUGUCUGACCUACAGGCCGAGAUUGUAGAGCUGAGGGAGAUGGUGGAACUCCACAAGAAGAAGAAUAACGAGCAUCAGACCGCAGUGGAGUCUUUAGAAGCUGAAUGUAGGGCAACACUACACAGGCUCCUUCCUCAAGUUCCCCUCCCUUCUGAACAGAACCAUCAACAGUGGCUGCAGAACUUUGAAAGGGCAAUGGCAGAAGUUGAGGCCUCUGCACCCAAGAACCCAGAUCCUUUAGCUACAGGGGAUGCCCAGCAUGCCAUGUUGGAAAAGCUUAGAGAAGCAGAAGAGGCCCAUAAGGUGUUGCAGAAAGACUGUGAUACUUACAAAAAAGUGUUGGCAGAGACGGAGGGCAUCCUCCAGAGACUACAGAAUAGUGUGGAGCAGGAAGAGUCUCGCUGGAGGAUGAACCUGGAAAUGACACAAACAGAGCUGAAAGAGUUGAGGAAAGAGAAGGAGCAUUUGGGGGAAGAACUUGAGCAAGCUGGACGCGAGAGUUCCACCUAUCUAUCGGAAAUCCAAGAGUUGAAGACUCAACUUACCGAAGCCAUUCGCAAGCUGGAGGCAGAAGAAAGCGAGCGACAAGAAGUCACUGGGGAUCUCUCUAAGGCACAACAAUCCCUGGAGCACAUCCAGGACAUCAUAAAGGAGGCUGGGCAAGAUAAUCUGUUGGAAAAUAGCAGCCUGACCACACCAAUGGAGGACAUGGACUGCAAAGAGAAGAUGUUGGCCGGCAUGAAGCAAACGGUUAAGGAGCUCCAGCUUCACCUGCAGUCGGUUAAGAAACAGCUCACUAAGGCCCAAUUAGGGGUAGCAGGGGACAAAGACUCAACUGGGGUGUAAUUUAGAGAAGGAAAGCGGAGUUGUAGACUAGCCCUGUGCAACAUCUACUCCUGUCAUUGAAACUUGGAUAAGACCUCCCUUUCUUCAUGGUCUCUUCCUUUGCGGUCACUCUCAUGUUUGGUUUGUUUAUAGUGCAGCCAGACGCCCUUCAACACAUGUAAAAGCAUUUGGAUGUUAGCGGUCCCUUUUUCCUUUGAAGAGAAGCCAUGGCCUGGGCUUAUGGCUUCAUAAACAUGGGUCUAUGGACUGGCUCAGAAAAGAUGUACUCACACUGGAUUACAAACUACACACUCCAGUUUUCUUUCUUUUCUCAUGCACUUUCUUUCCUUGGGUCAUGUGGUUGCAGAACAGAUACCCUCAUUCUAUUUAACACACACACAUACAUGCACACAGACAUCUUUCAGCUGCUAGCUGAAGCAGAGGGCACUGAUCACAUUAUAUGAAUUAACAGAUCUAUCCUAUCCCUUUGAGUUCCUACUCAUCCAGUUAUGUUACUUGUCCACAGUAGACCUUGAAAAAGCAGGCAUCCAGGUGAUACAAUCUACCUUAACCUGCAGUUGUGGCUGUUUUUAUUUACUUCCACAAAACUUAGCCACAUUAGGAAUCCACCCCUAAAUAAUUGACUGGUAGGAUUUUUUAGUUGUUGAUUAUAGAGCCAAGGAGAUUACCAGAAUGUUUUUUUUAAAGCGUCUAUUUUAGUUGAAACUAUUUUAAAACGGUAAUAUAAAGUGUCACAUUCACCAGGUUUGAGAGGACUCCUGAGUCCUUUUAGGAAUGGGGUAUCAUCCAUUGUCCUUCAGAUGUCAUUCAGUAAUCCUAAUGUGGGGAAAUACAUUUUCAAUUGCGUAUGGUUGUUUUUGUUGGUGAUUUAUUGCAGCUUAAAUAAUUGGGGUGUCGGAUAGAGAAAGGUAUAGAUUUCUCUGUGUAAAUUGACUUGAAUUGAUCUAACAAAAUGAGAGAGCGAGAGAGAGUUGUCUGUCUGUAACGCAACACUUGCUUCACUGUUACUAAUUUCAUUAACACUCAAGGUUUUUUUUUUGUUUUGUUUUUUUUUGUAAAACAGGUGACCGUUAUUAAAAGGGAUGCUUGAUAAUAUAUAUAAUUAUAUA